ACGUGAGGGGUGGAACCGGUCCAAGAUGGCGGCGACCACGGAGAGUAGCAAUGCGGGUUCUGCUAGUAAAAGAAAGCAUUUGGGUAUCCCUGAGGCUGUAUUUGUGGAGGAUGUGGAUGCAUUUAUGAAACAGCCUGGAAAUGAGACAGCUGAUGCAGUUCUAAGGAAGUUGGAUGAACAGUAUCAGAAAUAUAAGUUUAUGGAGCUGAAUCUCGUGCAAAAGAAACUAAGAUUAAAGAACCAAAUCCCACAGAUUAAACAGACAUUAGAAAUUUUAAAGCACAUGCAGAAGAAAAAGGAGAGCACUGAGCCUAUGGAAACCAGGUAUCUGUUGGCAGAUAAUCUUUACUGCAAAGCCUCGGUUCGUCCCACAGACAAAGUGUGCUUAUGGUUGGGGGCUAAUGUAAUGUUGGAGUAUGACAUUGAUGAAGCACAAGCCCUGCUAGAGAAGAAUUUGGCUACAGCUACACGUAAUCUUGACUCACUUGGAGAAGAUUUGGAUUUCCUCCGAGACCAAUGCACUACUACUGAAGUCAAUAUGGCACGUGUCUACAAUUGGGAUGUGAAAAGAAGGAACAAAGAUAACCCCUCCAAAAACAGUGAAAUGUCUUAAAGGUUCACCUGUAGCCCAAUCAUUCUGUCUGUCUGGGGAAAAAAAAAAUCAAUAGCUUUUUUAUGUUUUGUUCAGACUGAUUUACACAUCUUCAAAAGCAAAUAGAAACAGGGGAAAAAACAAGGAGCAGCAUGGGCAGUCCUUGUGGUGCACAUUGAAAAAACUCUGGAGGCUACAUUGAUUUGUCAUGCGGUUGGGAUCUCUGGCUGUUUUGCUUCAGCCACAUGAUUUUUUUUUCCUGGUCAGCCGUCCACAGGAUUUCUUGCAACUGUUCCCCCCACCAUCAUCACCCAUGUUUUGCAUAUUUAUAGGAUUAGUUGUAGCACUUCAAAUGUGGUAUUUAUUUGUUUAGGGACAAAACAUGGCAAAGCUGUGUUGGUUUAAGGCAUGGUCUUGAUAAUGUAUUUUUUAUAUUACGUGAAAAUUGCUUAGAACAUAGCUGAUAUUCUAAUAACAUGUCAAAUCCCAAGCCAACUAAUUCUGUCCCAUCAUGAAGGCCUGCUGGAUGGACAGUGUUCAAGGCUGUCCCUUUUUAAUAAACAUCACCGCUCCCUCUAUAAAUGCUUGGAUAAAUUCAUAAUUCAGUUGUCAUGAUUUUAAAUAUUUCUUACACCCAUUGUUUGUGUCUUGUGGAUCCCUUACUUUUACUUUUUCAGUGCCCUCCAUCUUUCUGUGAUAUACUGUAUAUAAUUUGCAGGUAUAUGAAUGCUGUAUUUACAUAUUUAGUACCCAUACUGUCACUGAGCCUUAGAGACAGACCACCUAGGACUACCUUAUAUUUUGUUCUUGGUAUUGACAAAUUACAAUCAUCGAUAAAAAAUAAUCUGAUCUAAAAAAGCAAUUUCUAUGACAGUCAAUAGAGUAAGUAUACUGCUGAUCUAUCAAAGGACUACAGUGUAAUACCUACAUUUCCCGAUUUGCUUUUAUUGUUUUAUGUUAUUCAUCAAUAUAUUUUGUCUUUCAAGUGCUUUAAAUGUUAUUCAAACCUAACGA